AUGGCUCGCACCAAAACGUUGUACGGUGUCAAAAAGCCCGACUACAGAACCUUCCUCGACAAUCCAAGAACCAACAAUAGCGGAAAACAAACUGCACGCAAAGUGGCUACUAACCUGCAUUACUCGACUAAGCACCAUGCAUUCAAUUCGAAUGCAUGGGCCUCGUCCUCCCGUGGCCCAUCGUCACAUGGCAACUUGAAGCCACCUGCACGAGGAGCGGCAGCUAUCCGAGAAAUCCGAAAGUACCAGGCCGGAGGGGAGUUACUUCUCCUGAAGCUCCCCUUCGAGCGUCUCGUCCGGGAGAUCGCUCACGAUAUCAUGGUACGUUGCAUUUCCCAAUCCAACUGA